AUGUCGACGAUCGACACGGAUUCCAAGGUGACGACACCGACUACCACCCAAGAAUCAGAACAAGGUGUUCUUUCUGGAAACAAAUGUCCAAGGUUAUAUCAAGAAGAAUUAUUAGAAGAAGCUAAACGUCGAAAUAUAAUCAUUAGAGCUGAUACUGGAACAGGAAAAACUCUAGUGGCUGUUUUAUUGAUGGAUUGGAUGGCCGUUCAACCUAAAGGUGAUGAUCAAGAACAUACAAUUCAAGCUUUCCUUGUUCCUACUCGACCUCUCGUACAACAACAAGCUAGUGCAAUCCGAUCUGGUACAACACUUCGUGUUCGUGAAUAUACUGGCGACUUACAACCUGAAUUGUGGAAUGUGGAAAAAUGGCACUCUGAUCUGAAGCAAACUGACGUCAUUGUCUGCACUGCCCAGAUCUUCUAUGAUAUAUUGUCCAAAGGGUUUUGGACUCUUGAAAAUGUUUCACUUUUGGUAUUCGAUGAAGCACAUCACUGUCGUAAAAAUCACAUUUACAAUCAAAUUAUGCAAGUCCAUUAUCGACGUUUGGACCGGGAUCCCGACCAUCGACGCGUUCCCAAGAUCUUGGGUUUGACUGCUUCACCAAUAUGGGAUUGCAAAAGUAUGGUUAGGGCUGAAAAGGAUAUCAGGCAUGUGUCAUCAAAUCGAUUGAAAGUUUCGUAUCUAAAGCUCAUUACUUUUUGGUUCAGAUCGUUACAAAGUGAUCUUUCAGCACAGUUAUACGAAAUCAAAGUAAGACGUCAUGAUGUUGAAAAGUAUGCAAACAAACCAAAGGAAGAAGUGGUUUAUUUUACACCUGCUGAUUUGGUCGGUGAUGAUUGCGAUGAGCCAUAUUGGAAACAAAUCCGUCCCUUGGUCGAUAGUCAUGCAGAUAGCAAGUUUUUCUUGUCCUCCAAAACGAUACGAGAGCAACUUGGCACAUAUGCUCACAUAAUGUUUCUAUCCGAUUGGCUAUCUGAUCUACUUUUGAUGUCAAAGGGUCAAACCACCCAAGCUCCUAGGCUCUUAGAACCAACUUACAGGCUCAAAAUUAACGCGUCUAUCAAAUCACUGAAUGCACUCUUAGAUUCAAAUGACGUCCCAUUAAGCCAGUCUACCCCGAAGUUUCAAGCUUUAGUUAAAAUUCUUUCAAAGUAUGAGAAUAUGAAGGCUGAAGACUUUCAUGCCAUCAUAUUCGUGGAGAGACGAACGCACGCACAACUCUUGAAUUCUCUGAUCUCUCGAUGCGCCAAACUCAAAGGAUUCAUCAAACCUGGCGCCUUGACUGGACAUGGUGGCACUGUAGCGUCAAGUGGAGGUAAUCGCGGUAUGGACUCUAAAUCACAAAAUCAAACUGUUGAAAAAUUUCGAAACCGAGAGAUCAACUUGGCCAUCGCUACCAACGUCGCAGAAGAGGGUCUAGACUUUCGAGCGUGCCGACUUGUGAUCCGGUUUGACGAUAUCACAACCUGGAAGGGGGAAGAACUUCGCACCCAAUUAUAUGGCCGCCCAGAAGAUGAAGAGAUCAGUGAUGCCGAGCUUGAAUCGACGCCACAGCUAAUCAAUUCACUCGGUGAUGGAAAAGACGCAAUACUAACGCACAAUGCUUCCGUUUCCUUACUGAACGAAGUAUGCCAACUGCUACCGCAUGACGAGUAUGCCGAGAUUCUAAAGCCCAAGUUUGAAGAUAUUCAGCGGUCAGGUGGGUUUGUAUGUCGAGUCACAUUACCGCCAAUGGCAGCAUUAUCACCGUCUGAAAGGGUCUUUGAAAGUGAGCCUUUCACCAAAAAAAAUAAGGCGAAACAAUCGGCCUGUUUUAUAGCUUGUCGAGCUCUACGCUCAGCUGGUGUUUUGGACGAACAUUUUAUGCCACUACGAGAACGUCACACACGUGCUUUAACGGACGCCGAUGGACGAGCCUUACUUAAAUUACAAAUUCCUGACAGGGUGGAAGUGGCCUGUCCUAAUCCUUUUGGAGACGCUCUUAAUUCCGAAGUUUGGCUUCACAAGAUUUCUUUUGAUCUCGGUGAAAGCAAGCCAUUGUCAUUUGGAUUUUUGUGUGGAAAUCAAAUGUUGUCGCAUCCUAGUCUAGUGAUUUAUGAUCAUCAUCAAGAUGGCAAAGCACUUCCUAUUGUGAUUGAAGACUCGAUGAAGAUGUGCUGGUCGGGCGAAGAGCGUUCAAGUAACCUGCUCAAGCUAGACACUUUCACCCGAAUGGGUAUACAAGCUACUCUCAAUCGUCGGGCGUACGAUGGACAACUACUGUUUUUUCUCGCGGCGUUGGAAGAGGACGGCAUGGAAAUAGAUUGGGACCUCAUCGAAAAGCCUACAGUGCCUAUAGGUUCAUUUGAAGAUUUGAGCAAAUACCAGGAGGUUGUCGUUCCUUUACGCUGUCUACAUGAACGGAUCUUUACUUCUCACUUCGCUUGCACUGGCUUGACAGUCGAAUCUAAACCUGCCGAUGUCCCAAGCCAUCCUCAUUUAGUCAGAUUCAUUCGAAACGCAUCAAAAUUCAAAUCACUUGCCCACUUUUUCUCAGUGAUUUCGUCGGAGCUCCGUACUGAAUUGCAAUCACCUCUAGUGUAUCUUGAAUCAGAUUUCAAAUCAAUGGACAAUCUGAUGAAAAAGCUCAUCCCAAAGGCUUCUUUACCGUUCAGAGUGCUUUUACCAUUGUCAGCAUCUCAAGGGAGUCGGCUACCUAGUUAUUUUUGGAAGAUCUUUUCAUUCAUCCCUGCCCUCACUCGUCGACUCCACGAUGCAUCACAGGUUCAAGCUCUCCUCAAGAAGAUUGAUGUCCCGCACGUAUCGCUUGAUCUUGCCACGAUGGCUUUAACACAGCCUGGUAUAGAUGUGCCGUGGGAUUACCAAACGCUUGAAACCGUUGGCGACGCGUUCCUGAAGUUGGCCACAAGUGUACAUGUCUAUCUGUCACAUACCAAGAAGGGUGAAGGUGAUAUGAGUGCCUUACGAUCUAAAUCGGUUGAUAAUGAAUACCUCAGGUCAAAAUCACUGCAAGCCGGACUGGGAAGUUAUGUACUCAGCUCUCGUUAUCGUACAGACACUUUUAGGGCAGCUCACCUGGACGACGGCCCUUUGUUACCCACCGGAGAAGUUCAACGCAAGAUUCCUCGUCGAGUUUUGUCUGAUAUUGUGGAGGCUCUCUUGGGUGCUGGUCUCCUUUCGGGUGGUAUCCAAACUGCGCUGAAGAUUGGAACAGAGUUAGAUUUAUGCUUCGGCGGUGUCACUCCAUGGACUGAGCGACCAUGUAAAGCUCUCGAUGAACCAUACCCUGAUGCAGCUAGCUCUCAAUGGACCAAGUCGCAUACAGCAUUACAACAUAAGAUUGGAUACGAAUUUAAGCAACCUUUGUUAUUGAUGCAAGCAUUGACACAUAGGAGUGCUGACUCAUUUCUUACCAACUGCUAUGAACGAGAAGAAUGGCUAGGAGAUGCAAUUGUCGACUUGUGGAUUACGGAGCACUGUUAUCGUCGAUUCUCAGAUUCUACAGCUGCACAGCUUACAUUUACACGAGCAAGCUUAGUCACCAACGCUAGUCUUGGUUAUCUCUCGUUGAAAAAACUUGGAUUGCACAAAAUGAUUCAACAUGAUUCAAGGCAUUUCGAAAAGGCUUGUGACGAUGCUUUGAGAGAUAUUGAAAGUUUUAUUGAAGUUGGAAGUUUUUAUGACAAUUUAACCAAUUCAUUUAUUGUUUUUGAUCCUCCUAAAAUAUUGGGUGAUGCACUUGAAGCUAUUGUGGGUGCGAUCUUUAUUGAUUGUGGAUUACAUUUAUCGGUAGCAUAUAGAUCAUUGGAUAAAAUAUUUGAAGAUGUCCUACCUCGAUUGAAACAAGAUGAACCUCGUGAUCCGAUUUCGCUUUUAUUGAGAACACGUGACACGUAUUGUUGUUCAGAGUUGGGCCGUGUGACGGAACAUGUGGUGGAGAAAAAAGAAACAAGUGGAAUACGAGAUAAUGAGGAUGAGUGCGAAUCGUUCAGGUUGUGUAAAGUGAGUUUGCACGGUAAGGUCAUCGCCACAGGACGUCAUCGUACCUCGAAUACUGUGGCGGAACAAAGAGCUUCAUUGAAUGCAUAUGAGCUCUUACGUGCGAGGAGUGAUGAUAUGAAAGAUCCGGAUCGACCUGAUCCUUGGUUAAGUUGUAAUUGUAAACAAACUACGGCACUUGCGUUAGCUACUGCUAAUGGAAAUUCAAACGAAGAUGAUUUACCUGCUUCGUUGACUGGUAAAAGAUGCCGAAAGAGUCGUUUGAGACAGAAUAAAAAGAGUCGAUUACAGGCUAAGCAACAAGAGCGAAACCAAAACAAAAAUGUCAAUCAACUUAACCAAACUUUUGACAUUCCUCCUCAUCUAUCAGAAUCGAGCACUUUAGUGCAUAUUGGAGGGGUGAAGGAAGAAGAAGAAUCUAGAGCCGAUAGUAUUUGUGAUUCUGAUUACUCUGACCAUAUGAGUGAUGGUGGAGAGACUAAACCCGUUUUACCCAUCGAUUCAACCGAUGCUGAUAUGACUGAUUAUGAAGUUGAAUCUAAACCCAAUCUAUCUAAGAAAAGAGAAGCCGACUGUUUUUCUGAAACUGAUAAUAAACGAGUAAAAUGCAAAAAAGAAGAAUAA